AUGUAUUUGCAGUUUACUGAACCAGUCUUAGGAAAUGAGCUGUUCCACUCGAGGAUUCGCACCGACAGCAGCACCAGAAGUGUACGGCUGCGGCCGCUACAUUUUGGUGCGGUAAUGUGCAAACGCCGGAAGACUGACGAAGAGAAGCACGCGAUAGAGUUUGCACCGAAGAAGAAGAACAAACCACAGACGGCCGGAGUGGUGGACAUCUGGAGAAACAUGACGGUCGAGGAUCUCGCGCGCUCUUGCCAGCUGGAGGUCGAACACAUCCAGGAGGCGAUGCUGUACGUGAAGGGAGUCGGAAGCAUCGAACGUCAGGCCCGGCUCGAAGAUCCUCGUGUGAUAAAGGACAUUGCUAGCAAGUGCGGCUUUAGGACAAAGAUCGUUGCUGCGUCGGUUGAUGAGGACGAGUCACAGAAGGAUCGCGACGUCUUACCACGGCCUCCGCCAGCACCAGAAAAUCUCAGUGAUCGUCCUCCCGUCGUAACGGUGAUGGGUCACGUGGAUCACGGCAAAACAACACUCCUGGAUUCGUUGCGUGGGGCUUCCGUGGCAGCCAGUGAGGCCGGAGGAAUAACACAGCACAUCGGUGCGUUUACCGUCGAGCUGGACAAUGGCGAGAAGGUUACUUUCCUCGAUACGCCGGGACACGCAGCGUUCAGUGCGAUGCGUGCACGAGGUGCCAACCUUACGGACAUCAUUGUGCUGGUCGUGGCCGCCGAGGACGGUGUUAUGGAACAGACGAAGGAAGUUCUCCGGUUAGCCAAGGAGCAAGCCGUCCCGAUUAUAGUGGCCAUCAACAAGAUCGAUAAACCGGGCACGGACAUCGACAGGGUUAAGAGAGACCUUUCACAACACGGCCUCGCGCUGGAGGGUUACGGGGGCGAUACGAUUGCCGUCGGUGUGUCGGCCCUUCACGGUACCAAUCUGGGCGAACUGACGGAGGCGGUCAGCACCCAAGCCACGCUGAUGGGACUUAAAGGUGAAUAUACAGGACCCGUCGAAGGCGUUGUGGUGGAAUCGAAGGUGGAUUCCCAUCGAGGAAAACUGUCGACGGCCAUCGUUUCCCGCGGAACGCUGCGAAAGGGCGCGGUACUAGUGAGUGGACAGGCGUGGGCUAAAGUUCGUGGGUUGUUCGAUCACGCGGGACAUCCGAUCUCGGCCGUCACUCCCGGAAUGCCGGUGGAGGUUUUGGGCUGGCGAGAACUGCCGCUGGCCGGAGAGCAGAUACUAGAGGUGGACUCGGAAAAGAUUGCACACUCGGUGCUGCGCUGGCGUACCAAUCAGGCGAUGAAGGAGAAAGCGCUAAGCGAUGCGGAAAUGAUCAGUCUCAAGCGAAUGGAACACGACGAACAGUACAAAGCGGAACGGGAGAAGGCUCGCUUGGCCGGGUUUUAUCGUCGUAAACCGCAAGGACCGCGACAAAAGGAGUCGGCUCAGGACACCGGGGUGCCUCGGGUCAAUGUGAUAGUCAAGGGAGAUGUGCACGGUUCCGUGGAAGCCAUUCUGGACGUUUUGGAUACAUACGACGACAACGACCGGUGUCGCCUGGAUGUGAUCCAUUACGCAGUGGGCGACGUCAACGAAAGCGACCUCGAGCUGGCGCAGCUCUUCGAUGCGCUCAUCUACGCAUUUUCGGUAAAUGUUCCAAAGAAACCGGUCAAGGGCGUAUCGAUGCGACCCGUCAACAUCAUCUACCGGUUGGUGGAUGACUUGAAGAAAGAAAUCAACACCAAACUGCCGCUGGUCGAUGUAGAGGAGGAGGUCGGCGAAGCGAACGUGAUGCAACUGUUCGAUAUCAACGAAGGACGGCGUAAAGUAACGGUUUUGGGGUGUCGCUGUACGGCAGGACUGCUGAAAAAAUCGCACAUGUAUAAAGUGAAGCGAAACGGGGAAGUUAUCGCUCAAGGGCUGCGCCUGGAAUCGAUGCGGCAUCUGAAAAAUGAGGUGGACAGCGUCAAGAAGGACGUUGAGUGUGGUCUGCGACUAAACGAUCAGUUGCUCGAGAUGAAGGCGGGCGACACGAUCGUCUGUUAUCAGAUGAACAAGGUACCGCAGGAGACUGAAUGGGAUCCAGGUUUUUGA